AUGGAUAGUGAUUCAGAUACAGAGGAGAUAAAUGAAGAAUGUAUACAACAAGCUAUAACUGAAGAAAUGGAAAUUGAUGAGCUAGUUAUUAUCGUUACAAGAACAUCAGUAUAUUACCAUAAUAACUUUUUGGUUAAGGAGCCAUGUAGAAAUUCACCUCACACUGGUUGGAAAUUUAUGAUGGAAAUACUUAAUGGAAAUGAUCGACGUUGUCAUGAGAUGUUUCGAAUGGAAAAACAUGUUUUUUGUAAACUAUGUGAUAGAUUGAGAAGUUAUGGGUUAAAGUCCAGUAAAGGGUUGAGACUAGAAGAGUCGGUUGGUAUGUUUAUGAUGAUUUUAGGACAUGGAGCAGGUAAUAGAAUGAUUCAAGAGCAUUUUCAACAUUCAGGUGAAACUGUUAGUAGACAAUUUACAAAUGUAUUGGAAAAAAUGAGUAUGCUUGCUUUGGAUGAAAUCAAACCACCUGAAAAUUUUGAUGAAGUCUCGUAUUAUAUACGAAAUAAUUCAAGAUAUUGGCCCUACUUUAAGGAUUGUAUUGGAGCUAUAGAUGGAACACAUGUUCGAGUUUCACUUCCCGUAGAUAAACAAAUUCCAUACAUUGGAAGAAAGGGUUGUCCUACGCAAAAUAUUAUGGCUGUAUGUGGAUUUGAUAUGUUGUUCACAUUUGUGUGGGCAGGAUGGGAAGGAACAGCACAUGAUACUCGUAUAUUUCUUGAAGCAUUAAGAAAUACAAAUCUAAAUUUUCCUAAACCACCCAAUGGUAAGUAUUAUUUAGUUGAUGCAGGGUAUCCAAAUAUGAAAGGUUAUUUAGCUCCAUAUAAAGGGCAAAGAUAUCAUCUUCCUCAAUUUCAACAAGGUAGUCAACCUAGUGGCUAUAAAGAAGUAUUUAACCAUGCUCAUUCAUCAUUACGUAGUGUUAUUGAGCGUUGUUUUGGUGUAUGGAAAGCACGUUGGCAAAUUUUGCAUCGAAUGCCAAGUUAUGGAUAUGAUAAACAAGUAGCUAUCGUUACUGCUUCAAUGGCUUUACAUAAUUUUAUUAGGAGGGAGACUAUUAAUGAGAUGGACUUUCCGUCUUAUGAUGAAGCAAAUAAUGAUUUUGUAGACGAUGAUGUACAAAAUAUCAACUUAGCAAGAGAUGAGAGUGAAAUGGGAGUUGUCCGUGAUAAAAUUGCAGCGGAACUCAUGCUGAGAUAA